UCGAGGGUCGCAGCCCGCAGGGUCGGAGCUGGGGGGAGGGACACGAGGGGACCAAGGCAUUGGACGGCGGCUGCGAAGCCUGAAUCACCUUGAUGAGCGGAGAGACCUGCACCGGCGGCACCAUCUUGUCCGUGACCUUCGCACCGGAAGCACAACCCGCAGACCGGGGAGGACGCCAGACGAGCCCGCAAAAGGCCGUUGUCGCAGAGAGAGCUGGGCGGACGCAUGCGCUGUUAGCUACGAGGGAGCGGAGGCGGGGAGCGCCCCUGGCGGCCGGAGGGUGACUGAGACCUCCGGCGCGGCGAUGACAUCACAUGGUGCGCAGGCGCACACGAGCUGGGGCGUGCGCGACGACCUCCGGCUGCGCCUGCGCGGUUGCUGCAUGCGGCGGGGUCUGCGCGCUGUGGGCCGGGGUCUCCUUCCUCCGUGGGGCCGGGGAUCCACACCCGAGAUCCCGGACCCGGGCGUACUCUGCCCUCCUGCGCGGCGCGUCCGGGGCCUGAGAUCGGGGCGGCUCGGGCGGGUCCAGCCCCGCGGCCCGCGCCCACCUGAGGGCGGCCUGGGCCGGGAGCUGGGGGUCGCUGGAGCCGAGCGUGAGCCGAGCGCAGGCGGCUCCGGGGCAGGUCCCUUCCCGGGCAGGGCAGUGGCCUCCAGGCCCCUUUCCUGUGGCUGCCGUGCCUGGGAGCACCGGGCCACCCGCCUGUCCCCGAGGAUCCCCCAUCACUUCCGUCCCGAGGAGGGGCUGGGGAAGACCAGCCGCCGACGCCAGCCCUCAGGACUCCGCAGCCCCGAGCUCCGAGGCCCACCGAGGCCCAGGCCUGGGGACCACUGAGCCCACACUGGUGGUCUCUGCUGGCCCCUGUCCACGUCCCAGGCAGCUCCCCCUGUGCCCGAGGUGCUGACCCGCCAGCCCGGUGGACACCAGGCCUGCAGUCGGUGGGGAGCCUUGCCGCUCCCACGUCCUGGGUCUUCCUGGCGGCAGCCCUGCCUCUCGUGCCGGGCCACCACGGGCCCCCUUUAGCAGCGAGGCAAGGCCUCCUGUGUCCCAGUCUCCCGGCCCUGCGCGGCUGCAGGCAGAAGCAACCGGAGAACCGCGGCUGGGGCCCCGCUAAGGCGAAGCCUCACAAACUCCAGGUCCUCGCCCGCAUGGGGAGACGUUCUGAGCCGCCUCUGGCCUCUCCUGGCUUGCUCUGGGGUCCAGGCUCUGGGCCUCUCUGGCUGAGAAGCCGGGAAAUCACUGAGCUGUUUCCUGGGCUGGGGAUACCGAGGCCGAUCCUAUAGGGCCGCGGACCGGUAGCGGUUUGUGGCCGGUUAGGAACCGGGCCGCACAGCACGAGGUGAGGAGCGAGGAGGUAGCAAGGCCGCCGAGUCCCCCGCCGCCAGAUCAGCCUCCGCAUUAGAUUCCCAUAGGAGCUUGAGCCCUAUUGCGAACUGCGAACUCCAAGGAUCUGGGUCGCGCGCUCUUUAUGAGAAUAUAAUGCCUGGUGAAAUGAGGUGGAACAGUUUCAUCCCAAAACCUUCCCCAUACCCUCCCACACACGGAAGAAUGGCCCUCCAUGAAACGGUCCCAGGUGCCAAAAAGGUUGGGGACCUUUUUGGGGCCACCCGAUCUUUUCUCCAGCUUCUGUGAGGUGCCCUGGAGCCCCUGAAGACUCCUGGCUGAAGCCUCUGCCUGAGCCGUCUUCAGGGGGCCAGAAGCAAACCCCAGCGCCUCCCACUGCUCGCUGAGGACGGCGCAGGUGCACGCUGGAUCCACAAGGCACAGAACCAUCCUGGCCCCAUAAAGCCCCUCCUUUGGCUGGGGCAGGUGCCCUCAGGGGACAAUGGGUUUUCCCUUCACUGGAUUUUAAAAUAAACUAGACUCCUCAGCAACUC